AUGUGGAGGGGGUUAGGUGGUGGUGGUUGGGGUGUGUGUUUUGGUUUGGAUUUGGGGUGUGUGGGUGGGGUGGAGUUUGGGAAGGGGUGGUGUGGGUUUUGGUGUGUUGGGUGGGGGUUUUGGUUGGGGGGGUGGGGGGUUGGGGGGGGGUUGGGGGGGGGGGUGGGGGGGUGUGGUUGGGGUGAGGGGGGGGGUUGGGGGGUGGGGGUGGGUGUGGUGUGUUUUGUGUGGGGGGUUGGGUGGGUUGUGGGGGGUGGGUGUGUGUUGGGGGGGGUGGUGUGGGGGUGUGGGGGGGGGUUGGGGUGGUGGGAUUGGGGGGUGUGUGGGUGUGUGGGGGGUGUGUUGGGGGUGGUGUGUUGGGAGGUGGGGGGGGGGGGUUGGGGUUUGGGGGUUGGUGGGUGGAGUGUUUGUUUGUGUGAUUGUUUGUGUGGUGGGGUGGGGUGGGGGGGUUGGUGGUGGGGGUUGGGGGGGGGUGGGGGUUGUGGGGGUUGGUGUUGUGGGGGGGGGGGGGGGGGGGGGGGGUGGGGUGGGGGUGGUUGGUGUGGGGGGGGUGGGUGGGGGGGUGGGGGGGGUGGGGGUGGGGGUGGGUUGGUGGUGGGGGGGGGGUGUGGGGGGGUGGGGGUGGGGGGUGUGGGGGGGGGGGGGGGGGGGGGGGGUGGUUGUGUGUGGUGGUGGGGGGGGUUGGUGUGGUGGGUGUGUGGGGGGGGUGGGGGUGUGGUUUUGUGGUUCGUGUGUUGGGGGGGUGUGGUGGUGUGGGGAGUGGUGUGGGGGGUGAUGGGGGUGGGGGGGGGGUGGUGGGGGUGUGGGUGGGGGGAGGGGGUGGGUUGGGUGGGUGGGGGUUGGGGGGAAGUUUUGGGUGGGGGGGGGGGUGGGGGGGGUGGGGGGGGGGGGGGUUGGGGGGGGUGGGUGGGGUGUUGGGGGUGGGGUUUGGGGGUGUGGUGUGUGUGGGGUGUGGGGGGGGGGUGUUGUGGGUGGUGGGGGGGGGUUUGUGUUGGGGUGGGGUUGGUGGUUGGUGGGGGUGGUAGUGUGGGGGGGGUGGGGUGUGUGGGGGGGUGGUGGGUGGGGGGGGUGGGGGGUUGGGUUGGGGGUUGGUUGUGGGUGGGUUUGGGUGGGUGGGUGGGGUGUGGGGGGGGGAUUGGGGGUGGGGUUUGGGUGGUGGUUGGGUUGGGGGGUGGUGUUGGUUUUUGUGUUGGUGGUGUUUGUUGGGUGUUGUUGUGUUGGGGGGGGGGAGGGUUUGGUGUGGUUGUGUGGGGUUGGGGUGGGUUUGUGUGGGUUUGUUGGUUGUGUUAUUUUUUGUGUGGUGUUUUGUGGGUGGGUGGGGGUUGUUGUUGUGUGUUUUGUGUUAGGUGUUUUUGGUUUGUGUUUUUGUUUGUGGUUGUGGUUUGGGUGGGGUUUGGUUUUGGGGGGGGGUGGGGGGUUGUGUGGUGGGGGGGGGUUGGGGGGGGUGUGGGGGGGUGGGGUUGUUGGGUUUGUGUGUGGGUUGUUGGGGUGGGUGGGGGGUUGUGUGUUUGGGGGGUGGGUGGGGGUUGGUUGUUGUGGGUGUGGGUGGUGGUUGGGGGGUGUGGGGGUGUGUGGGGUGGGGUGUGUUGUGUGUGUGUGUUUGUGUGUUGGUUUGGGGGGGGGUUGUGUUUGGUGUGGGUUGGGGGGGGGGUGUUUGGUGGGUUGUUGUGUGUGUUGUUUGUUGUUUGGGGUUGUGUGGGUGGGGGGGGGGGUGUGGGGGGGGGGUGUGGGGUGGUGGUGGUGUGGGGGGGGGGUUGUGGGUGGGUGUUUUGGUGUGUGUGUUGGGGGUGUGGGGGGGGUUGUGGGUGGGGGGGGUUGGUGGGGGGUUGGGGGGGGGGGGGGUUGGGUGGGGGUGGUGGUGUGUGGGGGGGGGGUGGGGGGGGGGUGGGGGGGUGUGGGGUUAGGGGUUGUGUGGUGUUUGUGGGGGUGGGGUGGGGGGGGGGUUGGGUGUGUGGUGUUGUGGGUGUUGGUGGUGGUUGGGGGGGGUGGGUGUUGGUGGUUGUGGGGUGUUUGUGGUGGGGUGGGGUGGUGGGGGGGUGGGGGUGGGGUGUUGUGGGGGUGGUUUGGGUGGUGUGGGGUGUGGGUUGGGGUGUUGGGGGGGGAGUGGGGGGGGGGGGGGGGGGUGUGGUGGGGGGGGGGGGGGGGGGUGGGGGGGGGGGGGGGGUGGUGUGUUGGGGGGGGGUGGGAGGGGGGGUGGGGGGGGGGGGGUGGUUUUGGGGUGGUGGGGGGGGGUUUGGGUUGGUGGUGGUGUGGGGGGGGGGUGGUGGGGGUUGUUUGGGGGGUGGGGGGGGGUGGUGGUGGGGGGGGGUGGUGGGUGGGGGGGGUUUUUUGGGGGGUGUGUGUGUGGUGGGGGGUGGGGGGGGGGGGGGGGUGGGUUGGGGGUGGUGUGGUGGUGUGGGGUGUUUUGUUGGGGUUGUGUGUUGGUGGGGUUGGUGUGUGGGUGUGGGGGGUUGGGGGGGGGGGGGGUUUGUGGGGGGUGUGGGGUGGGUGUGGGGGGGGGUGGGUUGGGGGUGGUGUGGUGGGGGGGUGGGGGUGGGUGGUGGGGGUGGGUGGGGGUGGUGGGGGGUGGGUUGGUGGUGGUGUGGGGUGGGUGGUGGGUGGGGUGGGGGGGGGGGGUGUGUGUGUGUGGGGUGUUGUGGGGUUGGUGGGGUGGUUGGGUGGUUGGUUUUUGUUGGGUUUGGGGGUGUGUGGGGGGGGGGGGUGUGGGGGGGGGGGGGGUUUGGGGGGGGUGGGGGUGGGGGGGUUGUGGGUAUGGGGGUGGGUUGGGGUGGUGUUUUGUUUUUGGUGGUGUUGGUGUGUGGGUGUGGGGUUGUGGGGUGUGUUUGGUGGGUGUGGGGUGGGGUGGUUGGGUGGGGGGGGGGGGGUGGGGGGGGGUGGGUGUGGGGUGGGGUGGGGGGUGGGGGUGGGGUUGGUUUGGGGGGGUGGUGUGUGGUUUGUGUGUGUGGGGGUGUGGGUGGGGUGUGGUGUGGGUGGGGUGGGGUGUGUGUGGGGGGGGGUGGUGGUGGGGGGUGGGUGGGGGGGGGGUGGUGGGGGUGUGGGGGUGGGGGUGUGUGGUGGGGUUGGUGUGGGGUUGGGGGGGGGGGGGGGGGUGGUGGGGUGGGGGGGGGGGGGGGGGGGGGGGGUUGUUGUGGGGUGGGGGGUGUGUGUGGGUGGUGGGUGGUGUGUGGGGGGGGUGGGGGGGGGGGGGGGUGGUGGGGGGGGGGGUGUGUGGGGGUGGGUGUUGUUUGUGGUGGGGGGGGGUGUGGUGGUGUGUUGGUUGGGUGGGGUUGGGUGGGUGUUGGGGGUGGGGGGGGUUUUGUUGGGGUUGUGGGGGGUGUGGGGGGGGUGGGGGUGGUGGGGGGGGUUGGGGGGGGGGGGGGGGUUGGUGUUGGGGUGUGUUUUUGGUGUGUGGGGUUGGUGGUGUGGGGUGUUGUGUGGUGGGGGGGGUUUGGUUGGUGGUUGUGGGUUUGUGGGUUUUUGGUUUUGGUUGUUUGUUGUUUUUUGGUUUUUGGGUGGUGUGUGUGUUGGGGUUUGUGUUUUGUGGGGGGGGUUAGUGGGGUGGGGGUUUGGGGGGGUGGGGGUGGGGUUUGUUGUGGGGGGGGUGUUGUGUUGGUUGGUUGGGGUGGUUUGAUGGUGGGGGGUGGGGUGGGGGGGGGGUGGUGUGGGGGGUGGGUUGUGGGGUGUGUGUGGUGGUGGUGGUGGGUGGGGGGGGGUGUUUAUGUAGGGGGUGGGGUGGUUGGGUGUUUGGGGGGGGGGGGGUGGUGGGGUGGGUGGGUGUGGUAUGUGGUGUGUUUGUGUGUUGGGGGGGUGGGGGGUGGGGUUGGGGGGUGGUGUGGGUGUGUGGGUGGGUUGUUGGGGUGUGUUGUGGGUUGUGGGGGGGGUGUGUGGUGGGGGGGGGUGGUUGUGGGGGGGGGGGGUGGGGGUGGGUUGGGGUGGUGUUGGUGUGGGUUGGGUGGGGGGUGUGGGUGUGGGGGGUUUAGGUUGUUGUGUGGGGGUUGUGGGGGGGGGUGGGGGGGUGGGGGGGGUGGUGUGUGGGUGGGUGUGGGGGGGUGUGGUGUGGGGGGUGGGGGUGGGGUGGUGGGUGGGGGUGGGUUUGUGUUUGGGGGGGGGGGGUGGGUGGGGGUGGGGGGGUUUGGGUGUUGUUGUUGGUGGGGUGGUGGGUGGGGGGGGGGUGGGGUUGUUUGGGGGGGGGGGGGGGUGGGGGGGGGGUGGUACUGUAUAAGGGUGUUUAUGGGUGUGGUAGGGGGAUUGUGGUUACUGGUGAUGGGGGUAGGGGGUGGUAUUGUAGUGUGUGGGGGGGGGAUAUGGGGGGGGGGAUUGGGGGGGUGGUGUGAUGUAGAUGGGUUUGGGGGGAGGGGGGGUAGGGGUGUUGUGGGGGGGGGGUUGGUGGUGGUUGGGUGUUGGUGUGGGGGGGGGGGUUGGAGUGGGGGUGGGGUUAUGGUGGUGGUUGUUGGGGGGGGGGGGGGUUGGUGGGUGGGGUGUGGUGGUGGGGGGUGGUUUGUGGUUGGUGGGGGUGGGGGGUUUGGGGGGGGGGGGGGUUGUGUGGGGGGGGGGGGGGGGGGGGGGUGUUUUUGGGGGGGGGGGGGGUGGGGGGGUGUUGUGUGGGGGGGGGUGUGGGGGGGUGGGGGGGGGGGUGGGUUGGGGGGUGGGGGGGGGGUGGGGGGGGGGUGGGGGGGGGGGGGGGGGGGGGGGGGUGUGUGUGGGGGUGUGGGGGGUUGUGGGGGGGGUGUUGGGGGGUGGGGGGGGGGGGGGGGGGGGUGGGGGGGUGGGGGGGGGUGGGGUGUGGGGGGGGGGGGGGGGGUGGUGGGGGUGGGGGUGGGGGGGGGGUGGGGGGGGGGGGGGGGGGUGGGGGGGGGUGGGUGGGGGGGGUGGGGGGGGGGUUGUGUGGGGGUGUUGUUGGUUGGGGGGGGUUUUUGUUGUGGGGGGUUUGGGUUGGUUGUGGUUUGUGGGUUGGGGGGGGUGGUGUGGGUGUGUUGGGGUGGUUGGGGGGGUGUGUGGGGGGGUGGGUGGUGGGGGGGGGGGGGGGGGUUGUGGGUGGGGGUGGGGUGUGGUGGGGGGUGUGGGGGUGGGGGGGUGUGGGUUUGGGUGUGUGUGUGGUUGGUGUUGUGGUGUGUGGGGGGGUGGGGGGGUUGGUGGGGGUGGUGGUUGUGGUGGUUUUUUUGGGGUGGGUUGUUGGGGGGUGGUGGUUUGUUGUGGGUUUGGGGGUGGGGGGGUGGGGGUUGUUGUUGUGUUGGGGGGGGGGGGGGUGGGGGUGGUGGGUUGUGGUUUGGGGUGUGUGGGGGUGGGGUGGUUUGGGGGUGUGGUGGGGGUGGGUGGGGGGGGGGGGGGGGGGGGGGGGGGUGUGGGGGUGGUGUGGGUGGGGUGUGUGGUGUGGGUUGGGUUGGUGGGGGGGGGUUGGGGGGGGGUGGGGGGUGGGUUGGUUGGGGGGGGGUGGGGUGUUGGUUGUUUGUGGGGGGGUGUGUGGGGGUGUGUGUGGUGGGUGGGUGGUGGGUGGGGGGGUGGUGGGGUUUUGGUGGUGUGGGGUGGGGGGGGGUGGUUGGGUGUGGUGGGGGUGGUGGGGGUGGGGGGGUUUGGGGGUGUUUGGGGUUUGUUGGGUGGGGGGGUUGGUUUGGGGUGGGUGGUUUGGUUGUGUGGGGUUGUGUGUGGGUGUGGGGGUGGGGUGGUGGUGGGUGGUGGUUGGUUGUGGGUGGGGGGGGUGUGGUGGGGUGGUGGUGGGGUGUUGGUGGUGGGGGGGGUGGUGUUUGGGGUUGUUGUUGUUGUUGUUGUGUUUGUUGGUGUGUUGUGUGGUUUUGGGGGUGGGGGUGGGUGUGGUGGGGUUGGUUGUGGGGUGUGUUGGGUGGGUGUGUGUGUGGUGUGUGGUGUUGUUGGGUGUGUGUGGUGGUUGUUGGGGGGUUGGUGGUGUGGUGGGGUUGUUUUGUUUUGUUUGGUUGGGGUGGGGGUUGGGGGGGGGGGUUUGGGGGUGGGGUGGUUGGGUGGGUUGUUGUGGUGGGUGGUUUGUGGUGGGGUUUGUUGGGGGUGGUGGGGGGUUUGUGGGGGGGUGGGGGGGUUGUGGGUUUGGUUUGGGUUGGGUUUGGUUGUUGGUGUUUGUUUGUGGUUGGUGUGGUUUGUGUGUGUGGUGUAGUGUUGUGUGUUUGGUGGGGGUGGGGUGGGUUUUUUUUGGGUGGGGUUUGUUGGUUGGUGUGGUGGUAUGGUGGGUGGGGGGGUUGUGGGGUGGGUUUGGGGUGGGUGGGGGGUGUUGGGGUGUGGUGGUUUGGGGGGGGGGGGGUGGUGGGGCGGUGGGGGGUGGGGGGGUGGGUGUUUUUGUGGGUUGGGGGGUUGGGGGGGUUGGGUUUGGGGGGGGGGGGGGGGGGGGGGGGGGGGGGGGGGGGGGGGGGGGGGGUGGGGGGGGGGGGGGGGGGGGUGGGGGGGGUGGGGUUGGGUGGGGGGGUGGUGGGGGUGGGGUGUGGGGGUGGGUGGGGUGGGGUGGGGGGGGGGGGGGGGUGGGUGGGGGGGGGGGGGGGGGUGGGGGGGUGGUGGGGUGGGGUUGGGGGGGGGGGUGGGGGGUUGGGGGGGGGGGGGGGUUUUUGUGGUGGGGGUGGGGUUGGGGGGGUGGGGGGGGGGGUUUUUGUGUGGGUGGUGGGGGGGGGGGGUGGUGGUGGGGGGGGGGGGGGGGGGGGGGUUUGGUGGGGGGGGUGGGGGGGGGGGGUGGGGGGGGGGGUGGGGGGGUGGGUGGGGGUGGGGGGGGGGUUGGGGGGGGGUGGGGGGGUGGGGGGGGUGGGGGGGUGGUGGGGGGUGGGGUGGGGGUUGGGUGGUGGUGGGGGUGGGGUUGGGGGGGGUUGGGUGGUGGUGGUUUGUGGGGUGGUGGUGUGGGGGGUGUGGGGUUGGGGGGGGGGGGGGGGGGGUGGGUGGGUGUGUUGGUGUUGGUUGUUGUGGGGUGGGGGGGGGGUGUUGGUUGGUAAGUGUGGGGGGGGGGGGGGGGGGGUUGGUGGGGGUGGGGGGGGAUGGGGGGGGGGGGGGGUGGGGUGGGUUGGGGGGGGGGGGUUGGGGGGGGGUGGGUGGUGGGGGGGGGGGGGUGUGGGUGUUGUUGUUGUGUUGUGGUUUUUGGUUGUUUUUUGGGGUUGUUUGGUUUUGGUGGGGUGUGGGUUGGGGUGGGGGGGGGGGUGGGGGGGGGGUGGGGGUGGGGGGGGGGGGUUGGGGGGGGGGGGGGGGGGGGUUGGGGGGGUUGGGGGGGGGGUGGGGGGGUGUGUGGUGGGGUUGGUUGGGGUGGUUGGGGGGGUGGUGGUUUUUGGGGUGUGGGUUGUUGGCGGUGGGGGGGGUGGGGUUGGGUGGGGGGGGGGGUGGGUGGGUGGGUUGGGGGGUGGUGUGGGUUGUGGGUUGGUGUGUUGUGUGGGGUGGGGGGGGUGGGUUGGUGGGGGGGGGGGGGGGGGGGUGGGGGUGGGGGUGGGGUGGGGGGGUUGGUGGGGUUGGGUGUGGGGGGGUUGUGGGGGUGUGGGGUGUUUUGGGGGGGGGGAGGGGGGGGGGGGGGUGGGGGUGGGGGGGGGGGGGGGGGGGGGGGGGGGGGGGGGGGUGUUUGGGGGGGGGGUGGGUGGGGGGGGGGGGUGGGGUGUGGGGUGGGGGGGGUGGGUGGGGGGGUUUGUGGGGGUGGGGGGGGGGGGGGGGGGUUGGGGUGGGGGGGUUGUGGGGUGGGGUGGUGGGGUGGUUUGGGGUUGGGUGGGGGGGGGGUUGGGGUGGGGGUGGUGGGUGGGGGGUGGGGGUGGGGGGGGGGGGUGUGGGGGGGGGGUUGUGGUGGGGGUUGGGGGGGGUGGGGGGGGGGGGGGGGGUGUUGUGUUGGUGGGGUUGUGGGGGGGGGGGGUGUGUGGUGGGGGUGUUGGGGUGUUGGUGGGGGGGGGGGGGUUGGUGGUGUGUUUGGGGGGGGGGGGGUGGGGGUGUGGGUUGGGGGGUUGGGGGUGGGUUGGGUGGUGGAGGGGUGGUGGGUGUGGGGUGGUUGUUGGGGGUGGUUGGGGGUUGUGGGUGGGGUGUGGGGUUUGGGGUGGGGGGGGUUGGGUUGUGGUGUGGUGUGGGGGUGGGUGGGGGGGGGGUUGGUUGGGGGUGGGGGUGGUGGGGGUUGGGUUGGGGUGGGGUGGGGUGUGGUUGGUGUGGUUGGGUUGGUGGGUGUUGUGGGUGGGGUUGGGUGGUUGGGGUGGGUGUUGGUGUGUGUGUGUGGUUGUGUUUGUGGUGUGUGGGGGUUGGGGUGGGGGUGGGUGGUGGGUGGGUUUGGUUUGGGGGGGGUGGUUGGGGGGGGUGGGGGGGUGUUGGGGGGUUGGGGGUUGUGGGGGGGUGUUUUGUGGGUUGGUGGGUGGGGGGUGUGGGUGGGUGGGGGUGUUUGGGGGGGGGGGGGUGGUUGUGUGUGUGGGGGGGGGGUGGGUGGGGGGUGGUGGGGUGGGGGUUGGGGGUGGGGUGGUGGUUGGGUGUGGGGGGGGUGGGGGGGGGGGUGGUGGGGGGGGGGGUGGUUGGUGGGGGGGGGGGGGGUUGGGGGUUUUGUGGGUUGUGUGGUUGGUGUGUUUGUGGGUGGUUGGGUUUGGGGGGUUGGUGGGGUGGGUGGGUUGGGGUUGGGGGGUGUGGGGGGGGUGUGGGGGGGGGGGGGGGUGGGAUGGUUGGUGGUUGGUGGUGGGUGUGGGUGGGGUGGGUGGGGGGUGUGGGUGGUUUGGGGGUGGUGGGGGUGUGGGGGGGGGGGGUGUGGGUGGGUGGGUUGGGUUGGUGGGGGGGGGUGGGGUGGUUAGUGUGGGGGGUUGGGUGUUGGUUGGGGGGGGGGUGGGUGUGGGGGGGGGGGGGUGGUGGGGUGGGGUGUGGGGGGGGGGGGGGGGUGGGUGUGGGGGGGGGGGGGGGUUGGGGUUGGGGUGUGGGUGGGUGGGGUGGGGGGGGGGGUGGUGGGGGUGGGGGUGGGGGGGGGUUGGGUGUUUUUUGGGGGGGGGGGGGGGGUGGGUUUGGGGAGGGGGGUGGGUGGGGUGGGAGUUUUGGGGGGUGUGUGUGGUGUGGUGGUGGGGGGGGGGGUGGGGGGUGGAGGUGGGGGGGGGGGGGUUGUUGGUUGUUGGUUGGGGGUGUGGGGGGUUGGGGGGGGGGGGUGUGUGGGGGGGUGGUGGUGUUUUGGGGUGGUUUGGUUGUUUGGGGGGUGGGGUGGGGGGUGUGUGUGUGGUUGUGUGGGUGGGGGGGGGUGGGUGGGUGGGGGGUUGGUGGGUGUGUGGGUGGUGGGUUUGGGUGGUGGUUGUGGGUGUGGGGGGGGGGUUUGGGGGGGGUGGGGGUGUGGGUUGGGGGGGUGUGGGGGGUGUGGGGUGGGUGUGGGGUGGUUGGGGGUGGGGGGGGUGUUGGUGGUGGGGGGGUGGGUUGUGGGGGGGGGGUGGGGGUUUGGUGGGGUGUUGGGUGGGGGUUGGGUGGUGGGUGUGGUGGGGGUGUGUGGGGGGUUGGUUGGUGGGGGGGUGUGGGGGGGUUGGGUGGGUGGUGUGUGGGGGGGUUUGGGUGGGUUGGGGGGGGUGUGGGUGGUGGGGGGGUGGGGUGGUGGUGUUUUUGGGGUGGGGGGUUGUGGUGGUGGUUUUGGUGGGGGGGGUUUGGGGGGGGGUUGUGUGGGGGGGGGGGGGGGUGGGGGUGUGGGUGGUGGGGUUGGGGGGGGGGGGGUGGUGGUGGUGUUGGGUGUUGGGGGUGGGGGGUUGGGGGGGGGUGUUUUGUGGUUGGGGGGUGUGGGGGGUUGUGGGUGUUUGUGGGGGGUUUGUGGUUGUGGUGUGGGGGGUUGUGUGUGUGGGUUUGGGUGUUGUUGGUGGUGGUGUGGGUGGGGUGUUUUGUGGGUGGGUGGGUGUUGGGUGGGGUGUAGUGUGGGGUUGGGGGUGUUGGGGUGGGGUGGGUGUGGUGGGUGGGGGGUUGGGGGUUUGGUUGGGUGUGGGGGGGGGGGUGUUGGUUUGUUUUGGGGGGUGGUUGGGGGGUGGGUGUGUGGUGUGGGUGGGUUGGGGGGGUGGGGGGGGGGGGGGGUUUGGGGGGUGGGGGGGGGGGGUGGGGGUGGUUGUGUGUAUGGGUGGAUUGGGUUGGGUGGGGGGGGGGGUGGGUUUUGGGGUGGGGGGGUGUUGUUUUGUGGGUGGGGGGUUUGGGGGGGGGUGUGUUGGUUGGGAGGGGGGUGGGGGUGGUGGUGGUGGGUGUGUGGUGUGGGGUGUGUUGGGUGGUGUUUUUGUGGGGUGGGGGGGGUGUGUUGUGGGGUGGUUGGGGUGUGGUUGGGGUGGUGUGGGUGUUGGGGGGGGGUGUGGGGGGGGGGUGGGGGGGUGGUUGGGGUGGGAGUGGGUGGUUUUGUGGUGGGGGGGUGGGUUGGGGGGGUGUGUGGGGUUGGGUGUGGUGUUGGGGGUUGUGUGGGUGGUGGGGGUGGUGUGUUGGGGUGUUGGGGGUUGGGGGGGUUGGGUGGGGGGGGUGGUGGGUGGGGGAGGUUGUGGGGUGGGUUUUGGGUGUGGGGGGGGGUGGUUGUGUGGGGUGAUGUUGUGUGUUGUGUGUGGGGUUGGGGGGUGGGGGGUGUUGGGGGUGUGGGGGGGGUGGGUUUGGGUGUGGGGUGGUUGUGGGGUGGUGGGUUGGGGUGGGUGGUGGGGGUGGGGUGGGGGGGUGGUUUUGGGUGGGGUGUGGGGGGUGGGGGGGGGGUGGGGUGGGUGGGGGGGUGGGGGGGUGGGGGGUGGGGUGGGGGGUUGGGGGGGGUGGUGGGGGUGGUGGGGGGGGGUUGGGGGGGGGGGGGGGAGGGGGGGGUGUGGUUGGGGGGGUGGGUGGUUGGGGGUGGGGUGGUGUGGUGUGUGUUGUGUUUGGGUGUGGUGGUUUUGUGGGGUGUUGUGGGGGGGGGGUGUGUGGGGGGGGGGGUGGGGUGGGGGUUGGGGGGUGGUGGUUGUGUGGGGGUGUUGUUGGGGUGGGGUGUGGGUUUGGGGGGGUGGGUUUGGGGGGUGGUGGUGGGUUUUGUGUUGGUGUGUGUGUGUGUUGUGGUGGUGGGUUGGGUUGUGGGUGGGGGUGGGGUGGGGGUUGUGGUGGGGUUGUGGGGGGGGGGGGGGGGGGGGGUGUGGGGUUGGGGUGGUUGGUGUGGGGGGGGGGGGUGGGGGGGGGGGGGGGGGGGGGGGGGGUGGGGUGGUGGUGGGGGGGGGGGGGGGUGGGGUUGGGGGGGGGUGGGGGGUGGGGGGGGGUGUGGGUUUGGGUGGUGGGGGGUGGGGGGGGGGGGAGGGGUGGGGUGGGGGUUUGUGGGGGGGUGGGGGGGAUUGGGGGGUGUGGGGGGGGGUGGGGGGUGGGUGUGGGGGUGGUUGUGGGGGUGGGGGGGGGGGGGUGGGGUUGUGGGGUGGGGGGGGGGUGGGGGGUGGGGGGGGUGGGGGGUGGGGGGGGUUUUUUGGGUUGUGUGUGGGGGGGUGGGGGUGGGGGGUUGGGGGUGGGGUGUUGGGGGGUGGGUUGGGGGGGGUGGUGGGGGGGGGUGGGGGGGGGGGGGUUGGGGUGGUGGGGUGUGGUGGUUGGGGUGGGGUAUGGGGGUGUGGUGUGUGGUUGGGUUGUGGGGGGGGGUGUUGGGGGUGGUGGGGGGGGGAUGUUAUGGGGGGUGUGGGUUGGUGGUUGUGGGGGUGGGUUGUGUGGGGGGUGGGUGGGGUGUGGUGGGGGGGUUGGUGGUGGGGGGGUGGGGGGGGUUGGGUUGGGGUUGGUUGUGGUGGUUUGUGGGGGGGGGUGGGUGGGGUGUGGGGGGGGUGUUGGGGGGUUUGGUGUUGGUUUUGGGGUUGUGUGUUUGUGUUGGUGUGGGGUGUUUGUUGGGUUUUGUGUUGGGUGGGGUUGGGGUGGGGGUGGUGUUGUGUGGGGGGUAGGUGGUGUUGUGGGGUGGGUUGUUGUGUUUUUGUUUUUUUGUGGUGUGUUGUGGUGGGGGUGGAUGUUGUUGUGGUGGGUUUUGUGGUUUGUUUUUUUUGGUUUUGUGUUUGGGUGUGGGUUGGUGUUGUGUGGUUUGGGUGGGGUUUGGUUUUGGGGGGGGUGGGGGGGUUUGUGGGUGGGGGGGGGGGUUGGGGGUUGGGGGGGGGUGGGGGUUGUUGGGUUUGUUGUGGGGGGGUUGGUUGGGUGGUGGGGGGUGGGGGGUGUGUUUGGGUGGGGUGGUGGGGUUGGUUUUGGGGGUGUGGGGGGUGGUUUGGGGUGUGGGUUGUGUGGGGGUGUGUUUGUGUGUGUGGGUGUGUGGUGUGUUUGGGGGGGUUGUGUUUUGGUGGGGGUGGUUUUUUGGGUGUGGGUUGUUGUGUGUGUUGUUUUGUUUUUUGGGUGGGGUGUGUGGGGGGGGGGGGGGGGGUUGGGGGGGGGGGGGAGUGGGGGUGUGGUGGUGUGGGUGGGGGUUGUGUGGGGUUGUGGGUUUGUUGUGGGGGGGUGUUGGUGGGGGGUGGGGGGUUUGGUGGGGGGGUUGGGGGGGGGGGGGUUGGGGUGGGGUGGUGUUGUUGGGGGGGGGGGGUGGGGGGGGGGGGUGGGGGGUUGGGGGGGGGUGGUGGGGGUGUGGUGUUGUGUGGUGUUUGUGGGGGGGUGGGGGUGGGGGGGGGGUUUGGUGUUUGUGGUGUGUUGGUGGUGUUGGGGGGGUGGGUGGUUGGGGUGGUUGUGGUGGUGGUUUGUGGUGGGGUGGGGUGGGGGGGGUGGGGGGGGGGGUUGGGGGGUGGGUGUGGGGGGGUGGUGUGGGGUGUGGGGGGUUUGGGGGUGUUGGGGGGGGGGGUGGGGGGGGGGGGGGGGGUGGGGUGGGGGGGGUGGGUGGGGUGGGGGGGGGGGGGGUGGGUGGUGUUGGGGGGGUGGGUGGGGGGGUGGGGGGGGGGGGGUGGUUUUGGGGGGGUGGUGGGGGGGGUUGGGGUGGGUUUGUUGGGGGUGGGGGGGGGGUGUGGGUUGUUUGGGGGGGUGGGGGGGGGGUGGUGGUGGGGGGGGGGUGGUGGGUGGGGGGGGUGUGUUGUGUGGGGGUGUGUGGUUGUGGGGGGGUGGGGGGGGGGGGGGGGUGGGUUUGGGGUGGGUGGUGGUGGUGUGGGGUGUGUUGGUGUGUGGGGUUGUGUUUGGUGGGUUGGUGGGUGUGUUGGGGGGUGGGGGGGGGGGGGGGGGGGGUUUGUGGGUGGUGGUGUUGGUGGGGGGGGUGGUGGGGGGGGGGGGGGUGGGGUGUUUGGGGUGGUGGUGGGGGGGGGGUGGGGGUGGGUUGGUGGGGGGUGGGUGGGGUGGUGGGGGGGGGGGGUGGGUUGGGUGGUGGGUUGGGGGUGGUGGUGGGGGGGGGGUGGGGGGGGUUGUUGUGUGGGGGUGUUUUGGGGGGUUGGGUGGGUGGUGGGUUGGGUGGUUGGUUUUGUUGGGGGGGUUUUGGGGGUGUGUGGGGGGGGGGGGGGGUUGGGGGGGGGGGGGUGGUGGUGGGGGGGUGGGGGGUGGGGGGUUGUUGGGGGGGUGGGUUGUGGGGUGUGGGUUGUUGUUUUUGUGGGUGGUUUGGUGUGUGGGUGUGGGUUGUGGGGGGUGUGUUGGUGGGGUGUGGGGGGUGGGUGUUGGGUGUGGGGGGGGGGGGUGGGGGGGGGGGUGGGUGUGGGGGUGGGGUGGGGGGUUGGGGGGGGGUGGGGUGGUGUGGGGGGGUGUGUGUGGGUUGUUGUUGUGGGGGUGGUGGGUGGGGGUGUGGUGGGUGGUGGGGUGGGUUGUGUGGGGGGGGUGGUGGUGGGGGGUGGGUGGGGGGGGGGGGUGGGUGGGUGUGGGGGUGGGGUGUGUGGUGGGUUGUGUGGGUUGGGGGGGGGGUGGUGGUGUGGGGGGGGGGGGGUGGGGGGGGGGUGUUGUGGGGGUGGGGGGGUGUGGUGGUGGGGGUGUGGUGUGUGUGGGGGGGUGGGGGGGGGGGGGGUGUGGGGGGGGGGGUGUUGGGGUGGGGGUGUUUGUGUUGGUGGUGGGGGGGGGGGUGUGGUGGUGUGUGGGUUGGGUGGGUUGGGGGGGGGGGGGUGGGGGUUGGGGUGGGGGGGGUUUUGGUGUGGUUGGUGGGGGGGUGGUGGGGGGGUGGGGGGUGGUGGGGGGUUGGGGGGGGGGGGGGGGGUUGUGUUUGGGGGGUGUGUUGUUGGUGGUUGUGGGGGUGUGGGGGUUUUUGUGGGGUUUGUGUGGUGGGUUUUGGGUUGUGGUUUGUGGUUUUUGUUGUUGUUUUUUUUUUUUUUUUGGUGUGUGGGUGUUGGUUUGGGUUUUGGGGGGGGUGGGUGGGGUGGGGUUUGGGGGGGGUGGGUGGGGUUUUUGUGUGGGGUUUGUUGGUUGGGUUGGUGGGGGUGGUUUUUUGGUGGGGGUGGUGGGUUGGUGGGGGGGGGGUUGUGGUUGGUGUGGUGGUGGUGGUGGGGGGGGGGGGGUGUUUUUUUUGGGGGGGGGGUGUUGGGUGUAGGGGGGGGGGGGGUUUGGGUGGGUGGGGUGUGGGUUGGUGUGUGUUUGUGGUGUUUGGGGGUGUGGGGUGGUUGUGGGGGGGGGGUUGUGGGUGGUGGGUGGGGUGUUGUGUGGGUUUGUGUGUGGUUGUGGGGUUUUGGUGGGGGGGGGUGGGUUGGGGGGGGGGUGGGGUGGGUGGUGGGUGUUUGUUGGUUUGGGUGUGGGGUGUGGUUUUUGGGGUUUGGUGGUGGGGUGUGGGGGGGGUGGGGGGUGGGGGGUGGGUGUGUGGUGGUGUGGGGGUGUGGGGUGGGGGUGGGGUGGGGGUGGUGGGUGGGUUGUGGUUUGGGGGGGGGGGGGUGGGGUUGGGGGUUUGGGUUGGUUGUGGUGGGGUGGGGUGGGGGGGUGGGGGGGUUUUGGGGUGGGGGGGUGGGUUUGGGUGUGUGGUGGGGGGGGGGGUUGGGGGUUUUUGGUGGGGUGGGUGUGGUUGUGUGGGGGGGUGUGGGUUGGGGGGGGGGGGGUGGGGUGGGGUUGUGGUGUGGGGGGGUGUGGGGUGGGGGGGGGGGGGGUGGUUUUGGGGUGGGUGGGGGGUGGGUGGUGGUGGGUGGGGUGUGUGGGGGGGGUGGUGUGGGGGGGGGUGGGGGGGGGGGGGGUGGGGGGGUGUUUGUUGUUGUGGUUGUGGGGUUGGGUGUGUUGGGGGGUGGGGUGGGGUGUGGGGGGGGGGGUGUGGGUUGGGGUGUUGGGGGGGGGGGGGUUGGUGGGUGGGGUUGUGGUGGGGGGGGUGUUGUGGGUUGUGUGGGUGGGGUGUGGGGGGGGUGUGUUGGGGGGGGGGGGGGGGGGGGGGGUGUUGGGGGGUGGGGGUUGUGUGUGUGGGGGGGGUGUGGGGGGGGUGGGGGGGGUGGGUUGGGGUGGGGGGGUGGGGGGGUGGGGGGGGGGGGGGGGGGUGGGUGUGGGGGUGGUGGGGGGUGGUGGUUGUUGGGGGGUGGGGGGGGGGGGGGUGGGUGGGGGGGGGGUGGGUGUGGGGGGGGGGGGGUGGUGGGUGGGUGGGGGGGGGGUGGGGGGGGGGGGGGGGGGGGGGUGGUGGGGGGGGGUGGGGGGGGUUGUGUGGGUUUGGUUUGUUGGGGGGGGGUUUUUUGUUUUGUUGUGGGGGGGGGGUUGGGGUUGGUUUGGUUGUGUGGGUUGGGGGGGUGGGUGUGGUGUGUUGGGUGGUGUGGGGGGGUUGGUGGGGGGUGGGGGGGUGGGGGGGGGGGGGGGGGGGGGUGUGUGUGGGGGGGGUGGGGUGUGGUGGGGGUGGUGGGGGUGGUGGGUGGUGGGUUUGUGGUUGUGUUGGUGUGUGGGGUGUGUGGUGGUGUGGGGUGGGGGGGGUGGGUGGUGUGUGGUUGUGGGGGUGGGGGGUGGGUUUUUUGUGUUGGGGGGGUGGGGUGGGGGGUUGUGGGUUGUGGUUUGGGGUGUGUGGGGGGGGUGGGGUGGGUUGGGGUGGUGUUGGUGGGUGGUGGGGGGGGGGGGGGGGGGGGGGGGGUGGUGGUGUGGGUGGGGGGGUUUGGUGAGGGUUGGGUUUGGGGGGGGGGGGAGUUGGGGGGGGGGGGUGGGGGGUGGGGUUGGGGGGUUGGGGGGGGGGUGUGGUGUUGGGGGGUUUGGUUUUGUGGGGGGGGGGUUGUGGUGUGGUGUGGUGGUGGGGUGGUGGGUGGGGGGGUGUUGGGGUUUGGUGGGGUGUGGGGUGGGGGGGGGGUUGGGGUUGGGGUGUGGUGGGGUUGUGGGGGGGGGGGGUGUGGGGGGGUGUGGUUUUGUGGGUGGGGUGGGGUUUGUUUGGGUGGGUGGUGGGGUGGUGUGUGUGGGUGUGUGUGGGUUGGGUGGGUGGUGGUGGGGGGGGUGGGUGGUUGGGGUUUGUGGUGGUGGGUUGUGGGUUGGGUUGUGGUUGGGUGUUUGGUGUUGGGGGUGGUUUGGGGUUGUUGUUGUUGUUGUUGUGUUGUUGUUUUGUUGGUUUGGGGGGUGGGGGUGGGGGGGUGUGGGUGUGGUUGGUUGUGGGGUGGUGUUGGGUGGGGUGUGUGUUUGGGUGUGUGUGGUGUGGGGUGUGUGUGGUUGUUGGGGGGUGGGUGGGUGGGUGUGUUGGGUGUUGUUUUUGUUGUUAUGGGGGGGGGGUGGGGGUUGGGGGGGGGGGUGUUUGGGGUGGUGGUUGGGUGGGGUUUUUGUGGUGGGUGGUUUUUUGGGGGGUUUGUGGUGGUGGGGGGGUUUAUGGUGGGUGGGGGGGGUUGGGGGGGGGUUUUUUUUGGUGGGUUUGGUUGGUUGGUGGGUUUUGGGUUUGGUGUUGGUGUUGUGUGUGUGGGUGUUGUGGUGGUGGGUGUGGGUUUGUUGGUGGGGGUUUUUUGGGGUGGUUUUUGGUGGUGUUGUGGGUGUUGUGGGUGGGGGUUGUGGUGUUGGGGUGUGGGGUGUGGUGGGGGUGGUUUUGGGGGGGGGGUGGGGGUGUGGGGGGGUGGGGGUGUGUUUUGUGGUGGGUGGGGGGGUUGGGGGUUGGGUUUGGGGGGGGGGGGGGGGGUGGGGGGGGGGGGGGGGGUGGGGGGGGGGGGGGUGGGGGUGGGGUUGGUGGGGGUGGGUGGGGUGGGGGGUGGGGGUGGGGGUGGGGUGGGUGGGGGGGGGGGGGGUGGGGGGGGUGGGGGGGUGGGUGUGUGUGGUUGGGGGGGGGGGUGGGGGUUGGGGGGGGGUUUGUGGGGGUGGGGGGUGUGGGUUGGGGGGUGUGGUGGGUGUUUUUUGUGGGUGGGUGGGGGGGGGUGGGGGGUGGGGUUGGGGGGGGGGGGGGGGGGGGGGGGGGUUAUGGUGGGGGGGGGGGGUGGGGGGGGGGGGGUGGGGGGGGGGUGGGGGGGGGGGGUGGGGUGGGUGGGGGGGGGGGGUGGGGGGGGGGGGGGGUGGGUUGGGGGGGGUGGGGGGGUGGGUGGGGUGGGGGGUGGGGGGGGGUUGGGGGUGGAUUGGGGGGGGGUGGUGGGGGGUUGGUUGUGGGUGGGUGUGGUGGGGGGGUGGUGUGGUGGGGGGUGUGGUUGGGGGGGGGGGGGGGGGGGGGUGGGUGGGGGGGUGGGUGUUGGUGUUGGUUGUGUGUGGGGUGGGGGGGGGGGGUGGUUUGUGGUGGGGUGUGGGGGGGUGGGGGGGGGGUGGGGUGGGGGGUGGGGGGGGGUGGUGGGGGGGGGGGUGGGGUGGGUGGGGGGGGUGGGGGUGGGGGUGGUGGGGGGGGGGGUGUGGGUUUUUUUGUGGUUUGUUUGGGUUGUUGUUGGGGGUGGUUUGUUUUUGUGGGUGGUGGGGGGUUGGGGGGAGGGGGGGGGGGUGGUUUGGGGGGGGGGGGGGGGAGGGGGGGGUGGGGGGGGGGGGGGGGUUGGGGGGGGGGGGGGGGGGGGGUUGGUGGGGGGGGGUUGGGGGGGGGGGGUGGGGGGGGUGUGGUGGGGUGGGUGUUGGGGUGGGGGUUGGGGGGUGGUGGGGGGGUUUUGGGGUGUGGGGUGGUUGGUGGUGGGGGUGGGGUUUGGGGUGGGGGGGGGGGGUGGGGGGGGGGGUGGGGUGGGGUUGGGGGGUGGGUGGUGGUUGUGGGGUUGGUUUGUGUUGUGGUGGGGGUUGGGUGGUUGGUGGGGGGGGGGGGGGGGGGUGGGGGGUGGGGGGUGGGUGGUGUGGGGGUGGGUGGUGGGGGUUGGGGUUGUGGGGGGUGGUUUGUAUGGGGUGUGGGGUUGUUUAGGGGGGGUGGGGGGGGGGGGGGGGGGGGUGGGGUGGGGGGGGGGGGGGGGUGUGGGGGUUGGGGGGGGGGUGGUGGGGGUGGUUGGGGGGGGGGGUGGUUAUGGGGGUGGGGGGGGGGGGGGGGGGUGGGGUGUGGGUGGAGGGGGGGGUGGUGGGGGGGGUGUUGGUGUGGUUUGGUGGGGGGUUGGGGGGGGUAGGGGUGGGGGUUUGUGGUGGGUGUGUGGAGGUAUUUGGGUUGGGGUGGGGGGGGUUUUGGGGGUGGGGGGGGGUGGGGGUUGGGUGUGGGGGGUUUGGGGGGGGGGUGUGGGGGGGGGGGGGUUGUGGUUGGGGUGGGGGGGGGGGGGUUUGGUUGGGGUGGGUGGUGGGUGGGGUUUGGUGUUGUGUUUGGGGUUGGGGGGUGGUGGGUGUGGGGGGGUUUGGGUUGGGGGUUGGGGGGGUUGGGGGGGGGUGGUGGUGGUGGUGGGUUGGGUGUGUGGGGGGGGUGGUUGGGGGGUGUGGUGGGGGGGUGUGGGGUGGGGGGGGGGGGGGUUGGUGUUGUGGGGUGGUGUUGGGGUGGGGUUGGGGGGGGGGUGGGUGGUGGGGGGGGGUGGGGGUGUGGGGGUUGGGUUGGUGGGGGUGGUGGUUGGUUGGGUGUGGGUUGGGGUGGUGGGGGUUUUUUGGGGGUGGGGUUGGGGGUGGUUGGGGUGGGUGUUGGUGUGUGUGGUGGUGGGUGUGGGGGUUGGGUGGUGUGGGUUUGUGGGGGUGGGGGGGGGUUGUGGGUGGGGUGGUGGUGGGGUGGGUGGGUGGUUUUUGGUUUGGGGGGGUUGGGGGGGGGUGUUUGGUGUGGGGUUUUGUGGGUUGUGGGUGUGGUGUUUGGGGGGGUGGGGUUGGUGGGAGGGGUGGGGUGGGUGGGGGGGUUUGGGGGGGGGGGGGGUUUGUGUUGGUGUUGGGGGGGGGGGUGGGGUGGGGAGGUGGGGGGUGGGGGUUGGGGGGGGGGGGGGGGGGUGGUGGGUUGGGUGUGGGGGGGUUGGGGGGUGUGGGGGGGGUGGGGGUGGGUUGUGGGGGGGGGUGGGUGGGGGGGUUGGGGGUUUGGUGGGUUGUGUGGUUGGUGGGUGUGGUGUUUUGGGGUUGGUUGGGUUUGGGGGGAGGGGGUGGGGUGGGGGGUUGGGGUGUGGGUUGUGGGGGGGGGUUUGGGGGGUGGGGGGGGGGUGGUUGGGUGUGGUGGUUUGGGUGUGGGUUGGGGUGGGUGGUGGGGUGGGGGUUGGUGGUGGGUUGGGGUGUGGGGGGGGGGGUGUGGGGGUAGUGUGGGGGGGGGGGUGGUUUGGGGGUGGGGGUUGUGUGGGGGUUUUGUGUGGGGGUUGGGGGGGUGGGUUGUGUUGGGGGGGGGUGGUUGGGUGGGGGUGGGGGGGGUGGGGGGGGGGGUUGGUGGGGGGGGGGUGGGGGGUGUUUGGGGGUGUGGGGGGGGGUUGUUGGUGGUGGGUGGGUGGGGGGGGUGGUUGGGGGUGGGGUGGGGGUGGGGGGGGGGGUGGGUGUUUGGUGGGUGGGGGGGGGUGGUGGGGGGGGUGGGGGGGGUGGUGUUGUUGGGGGUUGUGUGUUGUGGUUGUGGUGGGGGGGGGGGGUGGGGGUGGUGGGGGGUGGGGGGGGGUUGGUUGGUGGUUGGUGGGGGUUGGUGGGGGGGUUGUGGGGGGGGGGGGGGGGGUGUGGUGGGGGGGGGGGUGGUGUGUUUGGGGGUUGGUUGUGGUUUUUAGGGGGGGGUGUGUUGGGGGGGGUGUGGUGUGUGGUUUGUGGGGGGGGGGGGGGGUGGGGGUGGUGGGGGGUUGGUGGUGUGUGGUGGUGGGGGUGGGGUGGGGUGGUUGGGGGUUGGGGGGGGGGGUUUGGGGGGUGUGUGUGGGGGGGUGGGGGGGGUGUGGGGGGGGUGUGGGGUGGGGGGGGGUGGGGUGGUUGGGGGUGGGGGGGGUGGUGGUGGGUGUGGGGUGGUUGUGGGGGGGGGUGUUUGGUGGGGUGUUGGGUGGGGGUUGGGUGGGUGGGUGUGGGGG